GCAGAUAGCUAGAAUCAUCAUCAUUCGUUUCUUCUCUCUGAAACGCUGCUGCGUUCCUUAACCCUAGCUUCAUCGCCAUGGAAGCAGCAGCAGCAGCGCCUUCUUCAGCAGGAACGUCAAGUGAACGCACCCUCGCCAAGAGGCCCUCCGCCUCUUCCUCCUUUCGUCUCCGCUGCCCGAGUCUCAACUCUCUCCGCCUCCUCCGCAUCUUUGACAUUUUCGACAAGAACCGCGAUGGCAUGGUCAGCGUCGACGAGAUCAACCAAGCCCUAAGACUCCUCGGCCUCGACGUCGAAGUCUCCGACCUCGAGGCCACCAUAAAGACCUUCAUCCAGCCCGGAAACGAAGGUCUUACGUACGAUGACUUUGUAGGGCUACACCAGUCGCUUUAUGAUACGUUCUUCUUCGACGGUGAUGACAUUGAAAGCGCGGUGGAAGAGGCAGCGGCGUUGGUGGUGGCUGCGAGGGACGAGGAGGAAGCGAAGAAGUUGUUGCAGGAGGAGUCGGAUCUAAGGGAGGCGUUCAAGGUGUUUGAUGAAGACGGAGACGGGUUCAUAUCGGCAAAGGAGCUGCAGACGGUGCUUGGGAAGCUAGGGUUCCCGGAAGGGAAUGAGAUUGAUAGAGUGGAGAGGAUGAUUACUUCCGUUGAUCGGAACCACGACGGCCUUGUUGAUUUGUUCGAGUUUAAGGACAUGAUGCGCAGUACCGUUCUUGUUCCUUCCUCUUGUUCCUAAUUUCUUAAAUCAUAUCCAGUCCGAUCCACACUGUUGUUGGAUUAUAUACAUUAUAUAUGCAUGUCGAUCAUUUUUCGAUGUUG